AAAGCCAUCCAGCUGUGUUCAGUGGUGCUCGCUGCGUCAUCCGCUUCUCUUACAGGACUCAAAACAAGAAGGGAGCGCCGCAGAAAUGUCCAACUGUGUGUUUUUAUUCUCUGUUUCUGUAAAUCUCUGUUUGUUGUGCUCGGCUGUUGGAGUCGUGCGGAGCCCGGCAAUGACCACUGUGGAAGGUCGGGAACGCGGCUUUGUCAACUUGAAUGACAUGUUUCACGAAGUGGAAGAGUUGAUGGAAGAUACUCAGCACAUCUUGGAGGAUGCAGUCGACCAGAUAACAGCGGAGAGUGCCAAGUCACUGGAAAAUCAUCAUUCUCACCACAGUGACAAGAUUGUGAAAGCCAUCACCAUUCACACAGACAAGAGAAUGAAUAACACGGCAGGAGAGCCAUCACAUAUACAUGCGGCGAUCUCAGACGAACGGAACAGUGUGUAUCAUGAGUGUGUGGUGGACGAGGACUGUGGUGAACUGAAGUAUUGUUUGUAUGGGAUUGACACCUCCAAAUGCCUGCCCUGCAUACCAACUGACAUGCCCUGCAGAAAGAAUGAGGAGUGUUGCUCAAGCCAAAUGUGUGUUUGGGGUCAGUGUACAGUGAAUGCCACUGAGGGAACAGAGGGAAUGAUCUGUCAAGGUCAGAAUGACUGCAAACUGGACCUCUGCUGUGCCUUUCAACGAGAGCUUUUAUUUCCUGUGUGCAACCCCAAGCCGCGAAAGGGAGAGGCCUGCCUGAACCAACCUAACCUUUUAAUGGACAUGCUUGCUUGGGACCAGGGGGUUCCUCGUGACUACUGCCCUUGUACCAAUGACCUGGAGUGCCAAUCUCAUGGCCGUGGAUCUGUUUGUGGAGAGUAGCACCAGAAAUAGCUAUGAAGGUAUGACACUAUGGUGAAGUCGUGAUUGAUGAUUGACCAAAGACC